CUUGGCUGAAGAAAAUCGACGAAGAUGGCGGCCAAUCUUGCCUGGAGCGAAGAAAUGGAGAGGCAACUGAUUUCAUUUUUCUCAGAACACCCGUGCCUUUGGAAAGUGAAGCUUGAGGUCUACAAAGACAAAGACAGGAGGGACAGAUGUAUGGAGGCCUUGUGCAAUCAACUAAAUUCUGCACAGACAGAAGUUGUUGUCACAGUCGAUAUCAUUAAAAAAAAAUUCAAAAACAUGCGGACAACCUUUCAGUGGGAAAAUAAAGCAGCAUCCAGUAAGCGGUCAGGCGAUGGAGCAGAUGACGUUUACAUUCCAAGAUGGAAAUACUAUAAAGACCUGCUUUUCUUGAAAGAAGGAGGAGAACCCAAUGAGACCGAAGAUAAUAUCCCAUCCCAAUCCCAACCCAUCCAAAUUGAAACCGCAACUCCACCCAUCCAAAUUGAAACCGCAACUCCACCCAUCCAAAUUGAAACCGCAACUCCACCCAUCCAAAUUGAAACCGCAACUCCAGACAAGACCACUUCCAAAAAUGUAAAAAAACAAAAAACAGGGGACAUCAGCAAAGCAGAGGUGGCAAUGGAGUAUGCCUUGGAGUGCUUGAAAAGACAAGAACAGAAGUCGGAGUCAGCACAUGCAGGAUUUUUAAAAUAUUUAGAUGAGUGUCUGCAAGAGGUGCCGGUGGAAAAACUGAGGAGUGUGAAGAGGAAGAUUAUUGAAAUUGUACAUACCAAUAUAGAAGAGUAAUCUCAGAUAGAACUAGUUUAACCAAUGAGUUUUUUUAUUACCCAUUUUAUUUAAGUAAUAACAUACAAGAGAAAAGACUAUACUGUAAUUAAUGUGUAAGGCCCAUGGGAACAGGUGUUUACAAAUGUUCAA